UGUUUCAAUUGGAGUGCGGACGGUCGUGCAGUGUUUGUGUGGUGGAAGAUUCGAUUUUUCUGAAUUCGAAAGGGCUCGUCAGUUGUGAUUGCCUCUGUGUUUCUCUCUCGUCAAAACGCGUUAAGUAAUCAAUUAAAAAUCUGCGAUUGACCACAUCUAGAGUUAACUCCGUUUCCUGCGUGCUCCUGGAGCUCUGCCAUCGGGGAUUUCCGUAUACGGACGCACUGUGCUUUUGUUUAUACGACCUCCGGUCGCCCCACAUUUUGCUGGUGAACUUGUGCCGCCGAGCGGUGUUGUCAUUUCCCCACCUCCCCCGCAAAAAAUCGAAACUCCCGCACAGUGGGCGGUAACGCAGGGCGAAGCCCACAGAUAAUAAUUUUCCACGCAAUCGUUAUCGUUUGCACAGCCUAAAAACCAAUGCACCCAAUAUAAAUAAAUACAACGGAGUUUUUUGAGCUUUUGAAGUGACGCCACACAACGAAUUUUGUAAACUCAGAGGGCCAGUUGAUACGGGUGUGUGCUUUAACCAAUUUAUACCACUGUGCAAGGGUCGAAACAGUGGGACGGCAGAAAUUCAUAAAGCAACGGCUAACAAAUUCGACGAAGAGAAAUACAUAAAAGAAAUAAAAGAGAGAGCGAGCUUAUUUGGUUUAUUUAAAGACUCGCCCGCACAACAACAACUACAAUCACUUCACUAUCUAAUAUCCAGAUUAUAAUGUAAUUUACUGCAAUGACCAAGGACCAAGAUCCAGCUAAGGUUGUAAUAUAGCCCAGGUACCACGAAUUCAAAAAAAAAAGUCAGCGAAAACAUCCAGCGUUCGCAUUGAAGGCAGCUAAUCGAGGAGGGAGAUCAUAAAUCAUUAUCAGGUGCCGGCAAGGAGAAGAGAACAGAGAGGGCAGCGAUUGAGUUGCACCAUCAGAGACGAAUUAAUCAUACGCCGCGUUGGUCGCCAUACCGUCGAUAGAUACAUAUACAAUGCCUGCCAAUCCGCCUCCGCACCACACGCCGCGCACUUGACACGGGGAGCGGCAGAAGAUCCCGGAGCCGGAGCAGCACCGCCUCUUGGCCAAAGCCACUGGGCUCAGUGUUUUGUGUUUGAUUUGUGUUCGUUAUUUUUUGUUCGAGCUCGACGGGCGCGCUAAUUCGUUGGCAUCGAAUUGAAAAGUGUUUGAUUUCUGUGAAAACAAAGUACCGCAUGUGGCUGCCAGGGCGAAAUCGGUUUACCGGCAGCAUUAACUGCCACACUAACAACAUCAACUGCAACUGCAACUGCAACACCAGCAGCAACUGCUCACAGUUGCCGUCAAUUAUCGCUCAAUAUAUUCUCCGUUGGCCUGUGAUAAACCCCCUAACGUUCUUAAUGAAUGACAUUCGGUCCAAGUCAUUCUAUCGUGCAGGCAAAGCAACAUCUGCAGCAUCCGCAUCGGCAUCGACCACCACCGCUAAAUCGUUCGACAACAGCCAGAACAACAAUCCCCGUACUUACAACAACAGCGGCAAGUCGAACAAGGUGUUCCUGCACUACAUACCCCGUGAUCCGCGCCUAAGAAUUUUAAAUAAGACCGCCACCCUGAAUAAACACUCUGAUCGCACUCUGAGCGAGCUAAACAUAACUGAAGAUCUGUGCAAUUAUGGUGAAUUGAUUGGCGGCAGUGCUGAAACAGUGAAACUAGUGCCAGUGAAAUCUUAAAAACGCAUAUCUCCGAAUUCGAUUUGUUUGUUUAAUGUUGAGCUGUUGUCGUGCGGAAAGCGCCGUGUUUGGAUAAGGAAAAGCUACGCACUGCAGUUGACCAACAAAAAAGGGGGGAAAUUCACCUAACGCCUACUUAAGAAAAUUAAUGCUGAAAUCUAAUGCAAAUUGUGUUCACUUCCAAUAAUCGC